AUGCCUCUAUCGGACCGCUCGAGCUCCGACGGCAGCAGAGGACCCCGGAGUCCUCGCGCCCGUAGACCCCGUACUCGGUCCCGCAGCCGUACCCGCAACCACAGCGGAGAUCGGAGCCUGUCUCCGGACAGCUUUGGGCCCCAACUUCCGAAACUGCGCAACCGAGAGAGGGAACGCGAAGAACGGGAGCGUCGGUUCAAAGAGGCGAGAAACAUCCGGCGGAUCCGCAUUGGAAGUCCUGGCCGUAGCCGCUCCAGAUCCAGGUCCCGGUCCAGAGAGCGUCACAACAACGCCAGCAACAACAAUCACAAUCACAACCACUGGCACGAGCAGCGGAACGCUCCGGGAAAACACGGGAGCUUCAAAGAUGACUAUUAUUACGAGCAGCAGAGGGACGACGUCCAGAGGCAGAGACAGGAGGCCUUUAUCGCCAGGCGCCUGCAGGAGCGGGAGAGGAUCGGUGAGAUGGGCUGCCCAGAAGUUUGGGGAUAUUCGCCACGAGUGAAAGAACCAGACUCCGAUGAGUUCACGCCAGUGGAAGAAGACGAGAAAAACAGCAGCUCAGAGUCGAGCUCAGAGGAGGAGAAGAAGAAGAAAAAAAAGAAGAAAAAGAAGUCCAAGAAAAGGAAGAACAAGAAGCACUCUGAGGAUAGUGAGCUGGAGUCGGAUUCUGAUGAGGAGGAAAUUAAGAAGAAGAAAAAGAAGAAGAAGAGCAAAAAGUCAAAGAAAUCCAAGAAAAAGAAGGCAAAGAAGAGCCGGAAAGAGUCCAGCGACUCCAGCAGUGAGGAGUCAGAAGAGGAGGAGGAGGACCCCAACGGGGUCAUGUGGGUGGAGAAGACCUGCAUUGACGAACACAUCGUGGGCCCGGAAGCUCCCCUCACCCAUCUGUCGCAGGACGACCGGCCGCUGGAUUUUGGCCACGCGCUGCUACCGGGUGAGGGCGCUGCCAUGGCGGAGUACGUGAAAGCCGGCAAACGCAUCCCCAGAAGAGGAGAAAUCGGCCUCACCAGCGAUGAGAUCGCUAACUUUGAGAAGUCUGGCUACGUGAUGAGCGGCAGCAGACAUCGGCGAAUGGAGGCCGUGCGUCUGAGAAAGGAAAACCAGAUCUACAGCGCAGACGAAAAAAGAGCUCUGGCGUCCUUCAACCAGGAGGAGAGGAGAAAGAGGGAGAGCAAGAUCCUGUCCAGCUUCAGGGAAAUGGUGUACCGGAAAACCAAAGGCAAGGACGAGAAGUGAACGGCUCCCAGCGUUUCCUGUUACCGGACACCGCGUCAGGACGAGUGUUGUAUUUCUGAGACUGCCCCCAUUUGUUCUGCUUUAUCAUUCUGCACUGAGAAGAUUAGCAGUAAAACCAUAUCAGUGCUUUGUGUCCUCCAUCCUUUUAUGAUCUUUGAAUUGUCUUUUUGUUGUAAAUUUCUGCUGAAAAUAACAGUUAAUAAAUUUUAAGAACUGCAGAGGGAG